GACGGCUGCCCCGCCCACCGGGCCGCGCCCCGCCCACGCGCGCGGGGAGGAGCCCGAGCGGAGUCGGGAGGAGAGGUCGGGCGGUCUGGGAGAGCGGAGAGACCGACUCCUGGGCUGCGGCGGCGGUGGCGGCGGGUUCUUAUGGGAAGGACAUUGGGGUGAGCCCCCCUCUCUAUUUCCAGCUGGCCUUUCUGAUUCACCCCACCAUUUAAAACCUGGAAACAUUGGACCACACAAAGCCUCACUGAUUUCAGGGAAGACUAAUUGGCAAAGAUGUCCAGCAAGACGGCAAGCACCAACAACAUAGCCCAGGCCAGGAGAACGGUGCAGCAGUUGAGACUGGAAGCCUCCAUCGAAAGAAUAAAGGUCUCCAAAGCAUCUGCAGACCUGAUGUCAUACUGUGAGGAGCAUGCCCGGAGCGACCCUCUACUGAUGGGCAUACCGACCUCGGAAAACCCAUUCAAGGAUAAGAAGACCUGCAUCAUCUUAUAGUAGACCGGGAAGCAACCCCUCGCCUUUUAACGCAAACCACAGCAGCAACCUGAAGAGACGCCUUCAGCUUACCCGGUAACCACGGCUAGUAACUAAAACACUCUUCUCUUGGAAUAACAGACCCUGAAGUCUCUCUCUUCCGAGUUGUCCUUUCUUUGCCCUUUACUGAUUUAAUACAGAAUAACAAUCUUACUUUCUAUUUGGUAACUAUGGUAUCAUAAUCGGGUUACUGUAUAAGGAAAGUGGCAGGGGAGUUGGGGAAGCUUGUCUUUACAAUAUACAGUUGAUUAAGAUAUGUCAAGACCUACAUUGUCUAAGCACCAGUAAAUUAAAAUGUCAAGAAUCACUUCAGUCCGAAACCUUUAUAUUAUGUCCUUAAUCAGACUUUUGCCAACCUGUCCCUGCCCUGGGAUGACAGGUAUCUACAGCCAUAUCUUUUUGCACUAUUGACACUAAUCACACUGAAAUUCCCUGCUGUAAGAUCAGCCCCUCAGAAUUAUGCCUUUAUCUUGAACUCUGUGUAGGUAGGAUAACAGAUUCUUUCCAUAUAAUUUUUGUAUAAAAAAGCUAAUGAAAGAAUGUUGCAAAGCUCAUCUUCAUCAUCAUGAGCUGAUGCUGUUAUCUCUCCUCCCUUGGAAUCGUGCUGGCCCCUUAGUCUGCAAUAAACUGCGCCAAUUAAAACGCUAAGACUAAACUUAAAGCCCUUGAUAUGAGCUCUUGUCAUAUCAGUCAUCUGAUCUUCUGUGAUUCCGAGGCUAAGAAAGGGGAAGAGACCCUUGGGGGGGACCCUGGGCAGCUUCACUCCAGGGCUCAUGAUCUCUGCUGGCUUGGGGGUGGCCACCUCAGAAACUUCCACCCUCAUGGCUGGAAUGCAAGAAUGAACUGUGAGCCUCUCCGUUUCUCCUCGUCAGCAUGGUACCUGUCUCUUGCUGCUAGAGCAACUGUUUUCAGGAGGGACAUUCUCUCCUGCCCAACUCCAACUGGGUAGAAGACAGUGGGAAAAGCACUCAAGACAUAUAAAGACACUUAAGCUCUUUGCAGAUGCCUGAGUCUCAUCACUACCAUGUUCACAAACCUCCCUGCCAAAGGCAGGCUUCCAUUCUGUAGAGCAGUUCCAAUGCUUCCAGCAGCUGGGUAUUGAGGUCAUCAGUUUUACUCUGAUCAUGAAAAUAGCCCACAUACCCUCAGAGUGUCCAGUGUCGAUCCCAGAGGCACGCAACCUGCCAUGACCCAGGCCGUAUCCACUUUAUCACAAUGAGAAGGUUCUUUUAAAAUAUUCAUUUAGAAGCCCAAACCAAACACAAGGCCUGUGAUAUUUUAAUUCAUUUUCAGUUCAUUGAGGUAACUAGUAAGGAAGGAUUUUUAAAAAGUGUUCUCUGAAAGGAUGUAGCCCCCAGGAGUUGUUUAGAAAAUUUCCCCAACUGGUGUACAGUGUGCCCUAAAAUAAAACUCUUUUAAUAUCUAAUGCCUGGGCUUUGAGCACCAUGUUUCUUGAUAGUAAGCAGAUGCAGUACUAUUCCUAAAUGACAUUCAGUAUUUCUCCAAGUCACCCAUCUGGCCAGCACUUGGAACUGAGCAUGAGAAAGCCAUAGCACUGCCCACAACCUGUUCUCCCCUAUUGCUUAGUUUCCAGUUGAACUAAAGGCCCCUGUUCAGGAGAGAGAGAAAGCUUUUACCUUGGGAAAGGUAAAAGUGGAAAUGUACAACAAAAAGACAAUUUUUACAUUUAAUGGAACAUUCUUUUUUUACAAGUAUAUUUUUCUACUGAUGGUUUCAGAACACUAAUCUUAUAUUCACUCUAAUUUUAAACAUGUUUCUUUAAAUAUUUAUAAGGCAGUUUAUUACAGGAUAUUUUUAUGCAAUCAUGUGCACAUUAUUUGUAGCAAGCAUAGUAUAUUCUUUAAUACUUAAACAUAUCUUUGUUAAUAUGCUUUUAAUGGUAAGAAAUGAACUUAAGGUCCCAAGAGAUUUUGUUGCCUUUUCAUUGGUUUGAGACAGUAAAUGUCUUGCAACUUCCUAACCAGAUCUGAGCUGUGCUCACAAUAAGAAUAAAAUCAGAUCCUUUGAUGCUGGACCCAAGAAGGAAAACAUUAAGCCAAAUAUUGAUUUACUUACAACUGAAUGUCUAUGUGAGAAAGUAUAAUAUAUGUAUAUGUGUAUAUGACAUGCAGAAGUCACUUUUAUUUAUCUGUCUUGUUCACUUACGAAGCCAGAUAACUGCAGCAGUACAUUGAUGACGGUCAUAUGAAUGGAAGUCCUGUGUGGGAUUCUUUUCCUACACUGACUGCUUGGCUUCAUUUCUGUAUGUCCAGUCUGUCUCGCCUGUAGUACCACUCCUGUGAGCAAUGUAGUGUUUAUCCCUGAUUCCCACAGUUCAUCUUAAAUUUGUCCAGUUUAAGCCCCAGGGCUGUGGCAAGAUAGAGCAUGCAAGAUUUCAUGACUCCAAAACCUUUUUAAGAAACACAUAUUUAUAAACAGGGAAAUACUUUAUAAACCAGGUAGUUCAUAAGCUGUUGGUUGUAACUAAAUAUUUUGUUUUUCUGAAAUCAUGUUUUUCAAAUUUUUUUGCCAUAUGAAAGUAAGAGAGUGUCAUACUUAAUUUUCAAGGGAAGAUUGGGUCUUCUUUUUCUGUGUUUGGGUUAUUUUUGUACUUUGCUGAUCUUUAUUCAUGGGGACAAUUUUAUACCAAUGGGUUAGUAAUUUUGACUCAUUGUUUACACGAUGUAAGAUGUGUCAAGCUGGGGCCAGCCAGGUGGCUCAGUGGGUAAAGGUGCUUGCUUCCAAGCCCAGCAGUCUGGGUUUGGUCCCUAGAUUGUACAAGGUGGGAGAAAGAACUGAUUCCCACAGGUUGUUGUCUGACUCUGCGUGCUCAUUGUGUUACCCCUACACACACAAAUAAUAAAAUAACACUUUGAAAAGAUGUGCCAAGUUAUCUGUCCAGGUGCCACCUCUCUACCAGCUUACCACUAAGGCAGAACUAUCAGACUCAUCACCCCAAAUCUAUAGUAAAAGUAUGUCCAUGUACAGGCCCAAGAGCCAUUUCCAGUGCUAUGCUAUGACAUUUGUUGUUUUCUUUCAUCAUAAGCCUGUUAGUAGGAAAAAUAUGUCAAAUCAAAUAGAGUAGAGCACUUAGCAGUGGUUGGUGUUCUGGUCAGUCCUGUGCCGGAUGGCUUUGGGCCAGGCACCUCAGCUCUCCUUUCCCCCUUUGCCAUAGGGAGUAGGAGAUGCUGGCUGAGAUCCUCCGUAUUCCCAGGUGCCUUGGUUGAAUGACCUGCCUCUCUGCUGGUCCUGCCAGUGUGUUGGUGCUAUGAGCUGCUUCAAAUACUGGUUUGUCUCACCUAAUUGCUUAUGUUACAUAGUGCCUGUUCCUAGAUUUAUGCACUUAGUUUCUGUAAUGUCUCAUUGUUAGCCAUGUUAACUACAAACACUUACUCUGUUAUGUCUCAGUAAAGUUUCAUUUGAUAAAUUGUUGUUGAGAUUUUAUUAUUUGAUGAUACUCUUUGGCUACACAUCCAGCAUCUUGUGCAUUUUUAACACUGUGAUUGCUACUUGGAACUCUGUUCUGUAGAAAGAAUAAAAGCAUCUUUUUCACUUGCUAACAUGCUCACCAAUGUGAGAGAAGUCAUUAAAAGCCCGCCUUACUCACUG